UUUUUUUUUUCGUUUUGUUUCGUUUUAUUUUUCUUUCCUUUUUUGUUUGUGUUUGUUUCUUUGAUCAAAACAACAUUCAUAUACGUAUUUCAUAGAAUUUAUCUCAAUUUACGUCAAUAGAUUUUUCAAUAUAAAUCGUUUCUCGACCUUACACUAUAGUCAACGCAAUAAAACUUAAUUAUACAUAUAUAUUAAUAACUAUGAUUUUAGUAUUUGUUCAAUAGUGAAAAACACGAGUGAUGUAAAGUGACUAAAUGUUUGAAAGAUAUUCAUGAAUUUAAUCGAUCAAUUUAUUUCAUUAAUUUUUAUAUGUUUUGUUCAGUGUGUAUAUUACAUAUUUUUUGUGAAGUUUAUUAAUUUAAUAUUAAAUCAAAAUGUUUCUAAACGAAACAUUAUUAGUAUUAACAUAUACAGCCAAUAUUAUGUCGAGAUUACCUACGCAAAAUAAAUCAACUGCAAUUGUUGAUUCUAAUGAUUUUAUUAAUCAAACAACUACGACACUUUCUCCGGAAGAAAAAGAAAAUAAAUUUGAUUUUGAAGAUCAAUGGUAUAUGUGGAGGUGUUACAAACCAUAUGGUUGUUUUUACAUUGGUGCACCAUGGUCAGGUGAAAAUCGUCCAGUUUCGAUGUUUCCAAUAAGACCAGACAGUAUUAAUCCACAUUAUUUACUAUACACACGUGACACCAUAAAUACAGAUCUUAUGAAUCAAUCUUAUGAAUUGAAAAUUGAUAAUUCUGAAACAAUCAAGAAUGCACCCUUAAAAAAUGAUAGCAAUUUUUAUUUUGUAAUUCAUGGGUUCUUAGACAGCGGUGAUAACACCUGGGUAAUGAGGACAUUAAAAGAAUUAUUAUUACGAGAAGAUUGUAACGUUUUAAUAGUAAAUUGGAUUGGAGGAGCUGGUCCGCCAUAUGCACAAGCAGUUGCUAAUACAAGAUUGGUUGGCGCCAUGUUGGCUCGUUUAGCAGCACAAUUAAUAAGUAUUGGUAAUAUUUUACCAUCAAAGAUGCAUAUGAUUGGUCAUAGUCUUGGUGCUCAUACAGCUGGUUAUGCUGGUUAUACAUUAAGAUCACGUUAUCAUCAUAUUUUGGGAAGGAUAACUGGCCUCGACCCAGCAGAACCACACUUUAGCAACACUUCACCUAUGGUAAGACUCGAUCCAACCGACGCAAUGUUCGUGACAGCAAUUCACACCGAUUGUAAUCCAUUUAUCAGUGGUGGCCUUGGUAUUACACAACCAGUUGGACAUAUUGACUUCUAUCCAAAUGGUGGUCGCAAUCAACCUGGUUGCAACGAGGGUGUACUCAAUUCUAUAACCUUGGAACGUGGUAGUUUCUUUCGUGGUAUCAAAAGGUUCUUAGGAUGUAAUCAUAUUCGUAGUUACGAAUAUUUCAUCGAAAGUAUCAACAGUCAUUGCCCUUUCAUAGCAGCACCCUGUUCGUCAUGGGAUCAUUUUCAAGAGGGUAAAUGUUUCGAUUGUGUCAAUCAAUAUUGUCCAAGGUUUGGUUUGGAUGCACAACCUGGAAAUUAUCAUGCUUCCGUUUACUUCAUGACAGGAUCAGAUAAACCAUUUUGUAAGGCACAUUAUCGAAUAACAAUAAAUAUUUCAAAGACAAACGAAAGCAUAAGUUAUGGCGGAGAAGUAGGUACAUUUUCCAUCAAAGUGAUAAGCGUUAAUGGAAAACAAACAGAGAAGAUGAAACUCAGUCGAAAUUCGAAAUAUUACGAGCCUGGUAGCGUAUACACCGUUGUUUUACCUGGCGAGGUUGUUGGUAAACCGGAUGCUGUUGAGAUUACGUGGGAAUAUCAAACUUCAAUGUUCAAUCCUUUAACUUGGAGAUUUCUACAUACACCUCGUGCUUAUAUCGAUUCUUUGACGAUCGAUAGUCUCGAAUUUAAUAACAGAAUUACAGUUUGUCCGGAUGAAACUAAAACGUUAUUGGCUAACGAAUCGAAACUUUUAACGACAGAAAAUUGUGGCAACACCAGUACCAAUGCAAUUUCUACGUGAACAAUUUCUACAAAAUUACAUAUUUAAAUUAUAUAUAUAUAUAUAGGUAACUAAAAUAAAUAAAUAAGAAAAUUGAA